AUGGCGUCCGUGGUCGCUAAAUGGGUGAGCAGAGGGCCCGGUACUUCCAAUUUUAACCCCACAAUGACGAUGCAGCGCGAGAUGUACCAUUAUAUGGGCCCGAUGAUGCCAUCCGAGGGGCGGGCGCCUUUCUAUGCUUCCGUGUACAUUCACGACAGUGACUACGCCACUCAGACGCGCACAAGGCUUGGAAACUCUAGACGACUGGAAGAGGCACUAAUGACGCAACGGACCCAAAUGCUGCACGAAUGCAACACCUACGUGCAAACAUUUCUGUGUAUGCGAGAAUGGGCUCAAUCUCCUCACAAAAACACUCCAGCCGCGUACCAGAUGGUCAUCCAUGCCGACAGCAGGCCAAGUUAUGAGCACGUGCGCCGGUACAAUGGUCCCGAAGCCUCUGAAGUGGCUGCAUUGAUCCCUGGAAAUGAAGACGGAGAGAUUGGGCGAAGAGAUAUCGUCGUGCGCAGGCGAGGGACUCUUAACAGUAAUGGGAACGAAGUGCUGGAUCCGAUUUCAGUCAGUCAUCGUGCAUACGAUCCAUUGAGUUACGUGCUUUCGUUCCCGAACGGUAGAGAUGGAUGGUAUCCAGAGCUUAGAUUCUCCAGUGUUCAAGACGGCAGACGUACCAAGAUUACUCCGAUGAUGUACUACGGAUGGCAUUUGUUCGAAAGAGCAGGCGAGUUCAGCACAAUCUUGCACGCAGCACGACUCUUUCAGCAAUAUUUGGUUGACCAGUUCUGCAAAGUGGAGGCAGAAUGGCUUUCGUAUCUCCGCCACAACCAGACGCAGCUUCGAGCGGCAGAGUACACAUCACUGCGCGAAGGACUAGGAGACUCCAGUCGUACUGAAGAUGAGGCCGACGCCAUCACAAGAGCCCUACUGCCCAACCAAACGCCACAGGACAGACCGGAUCUGUGCGCACGUGUGUUUCGUCUCAAAAUGAAAGACCUCAUGUGCUUGGUCAUGGACGAGAAGGUAUUCGGAACCGUCGUUGCCCAUGCACGAGUCAUCAAAUUUCAGAAACGUGGUCUUCCCCACGCUCACGUCGUAUUUUUCCUAGAUGAAGUCUCCAAGAAUGAUCUGCGUACUCCCGAAAAUGUCGACCGUAUUAUCUCUGCCGAGAUCCCGUCUGCCGAAGAUCCAGAACUCGGAGAGGUCGUGCUCAAGCAUAUGAUCCACAAUCCAGGUGGAGAACACAAUCCAACAGCCGUGUGCAUGGGCGAGCGUAGGAAAGGGUUUCCAAAAUCGUUCAAACACGAAAUCAGCCAGUCCGACAGUGAGUACUACAUCACGUACCGCAGAAGACCCUCCCGUAUUGGCCGACGACAGCAAUCCGUCGUGGUUGACAACUCCUGGGUCGUUCCCCACAGUCCUCUGCUUCUACGAUCGUUCGCUUGCCAUUUGAAUGUGGAACUAUGCGUGUCACGUGUUGGCGGAAUCAAGUACCUCUUCAAGUAUGUGUGCAAGGUACAGGACCGAGCCGCAUGGCGACUAUUCUCAUUUGACAUUGUCGAUCGCAAUCCUCCAGUGCUCAGACUUGCAGUGCAUCUCAAAGUAAACCGUAUGGUGGUCGGGCAGAUGCCCAACCACCAUACGUUUUACUUUGAGGAAGGACGAGAGCAGGAGGCGGCGCUACGACAAGCAUCAGGUACGAAGCUGACCGAGUGGUUUAAAGGCAACGAAAAGUACCCAAGUGCGAGGCAUAUUCGGUACCACAUGUUUCCAAGGUACUUUACGUGGAAGCACGCAGCAACUCAUGGAGAAGCCUUUUAUUUCAGUGGUACAGGCGCCAACGUAGUCGGUCGAAUCUACACUGUCAGUCUGAGGGAGGGUGAGCGCUACUUCCUUCGCCUCCUCCUCACACAACACGCCAUCCGAGAUUCAUCCCAUUCAAGCUUCGUUCCUCUUUCUCAUCUGUUUGCUACGAUUCUCGUACACCGCCAGCCUUCGGAUCCUCUCUCGCUGUGGAACGAACACCUAGAACUGUUUCUCACCGAUAUUCGCAAUCGGGCACGCGGACAACCCAUUCGAAGACAGCAGCUUCGCGAUGAGCACCACGCCGCAUCUUACGUGCUUCGAGAGAUGCAAGAGGCCCUGCAGACCGUGCGUUCCGACUGGACGCUCGCAAACUUCGGACUUCCACUCCCCGAUGACAGCCUGCCCGCUUUGGAACAGAAACAAGAGAUCCAGACCCCCGAAGCACAAGCACAACAGUGGGAACAGCGACUACAGACGUCUUUGCCGCUGUUGAACACAAAUCAGCGCCAUGCCUUUGACGAAAUCGUAGGCUCCAUGCUUCCAGGCAUAUCCUGGUCGUCUCCUCUUUCUCGGUGCUCCUGGCGGAACAGGCAAACAUUCGUGCUCAGCGCCAUCCAAGACUUCCUUCGUUCACGCCGUAGGCAAGUCAUCGCUGUCGCUACGUCUGCUGUUGCUGCAGUGUUACUCGACGACGGUGGACGCACCGCUCAUUCCGUGUUUAAGAUUCUCAUUCCUAUAUCUGCCGAAAGCACUUGCAGCUUCUCCACAAACUCCGACACAGGCCGUACAUUGCAACAAGUCGAUCUCAUCAUAUGGGACGAGAUCGUCAUGUGUCAUCGACACUGCAUUGAGACUGUCAAUCGUUCCCUUCGCGACUUGAUGCAAACCGAUCGGCCCUUCGGAGGAAAGUUCCUCGUGCUCGCUGGGGACUUUAGACAAAUCCUUCCCGUCGUUCCGGGCGGGUCCAGGGGUCAAAUCGUGAGCGCGUGCGUUAAGGCUUCCCCGCUAUAUCGAGACCUUCCUGAUCUCCGAGCAGACCCUGCAGCAGAUGUGGACGCUCUCAACUUUCCAGAGUUCCUCCUCAGCGUCGGGGAAGGCAGACUUCAAGGCGAACAGCGCCCGGAAUGGAUCUCACUACCGCAGUCCGUCGCGUUCGAGCAUACCAUCCGCAACUUAUGCUUCAGGGUCUUCGAAGGGAUUCGAGACAAUUAUGCCGACCCUGCCUGGCUCACCAAGCGCGUUAUACUCACCACAAAGAACAGGCCGCUCGAACAAGUCAACGAGGUCAUUGACAACAUGAUUUCGGGACCGUAUCGAACGUACUUAUGCGCAGACAAGGUUGAGAACGAAAACACAAACGCCCUGAUCUAUCCCACAGAACUCCUCAACACCUUGACGGCCUGGUCUGCUCUACCAGACCACAAGCUCAAGCUCAAGAAAGGCUUCAUCGUCAUGCUUCUCCGCAAUCUCAAUCCCGCUACCGGUCACGUCAGCGGCGCGCGAUAUGUCAUCGAGAACAUGACCAACAACCUUCUCGUUCUACGCGUUACCGCCGGGUCUCACGAAGGCAACCGACUCUGCCUUCAUCGAAUGCCCUGCGGACCGGGCGACGACAACUUUCCCAUCCCUGGCUUUACCCGAACCCAGUUUCCCAUUCGGAAGUGCUUCACCCUUACAACGAACAAAGCGCAAGGCCAAUCCUUCGGUGGUCGCAUUGGUCUCGACCUACGAGAUCACUGCUUCUCGCACGGUCAACUCUACGUCGCCUUAUCGAGGACUACUCACCCAAGCAACGUCACUAUUUUCACUCGAGAGUCUGAUGAAACAACGCGAAACGUAGUGUACCCCGAGGUCCUUCAGUGGUCAUCAAAAAAGUAA